CGAACAGUUAAUUGAACCGCGGAAAGAUGUGAAAAUCAUGAAUGUGGCAUAUAAUUCUCGUCAUCUCCAUCCUUUUAGUGAAUACGGUUAUUGUCGAUAUUUUACGUUUGUGAACUCUAUAGACACAGUGCCUUUAAAUAUAGCCAUAAAUGUGUUGUAUGACUCUUUGGUUUAUGACUUUCAUAUAAGUACUGUACCGGACAAUAAUUUCCAUUAGCGUUGAGCGCCACGCAGUAGUCCAUGCGCUUGCCUGCACAUUUAUCAAACUUCAAAAUCGACCUUGUAAAUAUUUGCCUCCAUCCAUCUCUAUCGUCAAGCGACGCUUUAUCGAUAGGCUGCUUCCUGUAAACUUGGUUGUAAUAUUUAUGGAAAGAAACUGAACGCUGUUAAACAAUAGGUGAAAGACAUGAAAGGAAACUGCGGAGACUUCUCCUAAUCCACAGGUAAAGAAAACAGAGAAAUCAGCAAAAGUCAUUCCACUGAACAUCCCGGAAUUAUUGAAGAAUUCAGUGUGGAGUAAACAGUAAGAUCAACUGACGGUCCCAUUAUCUAAUGACUUGCCCCUCACCGGGGAAUAAAUUUACUAAAAAAAACUUUAAUUAAGGGAAUGGAGUAGACAGGAAAAUUAAGACAAAGCUAAUAAGGCAGACGAUUUCAUCUGAUACGAGGCAUUGAUUUAUAAAGGAGUUGAAGCCCAAUUGUGCGCAGGUUCGAGUGGUUUGCGACUGACUAUAUAUAUACGUGCACAAGCAACAAAUCAGUCUUGCUAUACUUAUGUUUAUAGCUCAUAUCAACCAGUCCAUUCAACAUUGUUCCUCGAAAAAUAGUGAAUUACAAUAAAACUCGGAAUAAUCCGCCACAAAAUUCCGCAUCUUAGCAUAUGAUAGUGAUAUUGAACAAACACCAUUUUAUAUCCACGUGACCCGUCAGAAUGAGCUCACCAGACCAUGUCCUCGGCCGUGGCAGGAUGCAUCAGCAACAAGGGAGCUAACCUAGUGCAAUUGACGUCAUUUUCUUUGGUGCAGGACUGCAGGACGGAGAAAAUUGACAACAACCUGAAACUGGAAAUCACAAAGCUGGUCAGCGAUCUGAAUCACGAGACUGCGCAGUACUGUACCCUGGCGGUUGCCCUUGGCGGAAGUCAGGACACAUUGGACCUACGCGAUGAACUCAAACAUAUCCGCCAGAGGGCCUUCGAUAUAGCACGCCAGAACAAGAACAAAUUGAUUCCCGCAUUGCGAAAAAAGAAUGUUUGUGAAGAUGAUGCCAAGCAAUUAGAGAGACUCUACAACAUGUACUCGUCCAGCCUGGAGCUUUUAGAAGUGGAGCUGUUCCAAACCCUGAGACUCCAAAAAAUGUUCCCACUACAAUCAGGCGUUCACUUUCUGAUCAAUGUGGGAACAUCCGAACCAUUUUUGGGAUGUAAAUCCCAGAUAAAUAUUUCAGAAGUUUCCAUACAGAGAGAAUCGGAGGAGAUCAGUCAGUUAGAAAAGGAUUUAGCAGAUGUCCGGGAUCUAUUAUUCACCAUUUAUCAGAAAAUAGCCGUCCAGCCCUGGGCAGCUGACGCCUACAACGAAACUUCUCAACAAGAAGAAGAUUGCAAGUCCGAAUCCUCGUCAAAUGGAUCCACAGCGUCAUCUAUAGACAUCACCAUGGUAGAACCAAACAGCAAGAAGAAGCGUUGGCUGUGUGUCGUCAUCAUGACAUUUGUUGCGGUCCUGUUGUCUGCCGCCAUUAUUGGUGUUUGUCUUGGCUUAUUGAAGUGACAUGCAUUCGACAUGAUGCAAACAGACCUUUACUACCAAUGUAGAAAAUAGAAGUUUAUUUAUUUGCCAAUCAUAGUCCUAUGGGGGCAUAACAUAAACACAACAAGAGCAUGAUUUGUUAAACAUAUGUCAUAUUGAGUUGUCAUAUUAUAAUUGUUGUAUUUACUACCACCCUGUAAAUUCAAAAAUUACAAUAUGACACAUAAAUGAGGACAAAAAAUCAAUAGCAACAAGAAAAACAAAAUAUAUAAAAAUUGAUUAAAAAUGUCGGGUUUAUUGCAGUACUGAGCAGAAUGGCAUUCUGUACAGGAAGAGUAGAACUAUAAAGAAUUAUCUGUCGUUACAAAUCUGAUCAUAAAUUCAUCCAAAAAUCAAAACUUUCUGAGUAUUUCUAGCAAAUGAGUGUUUCUGUUUCAAUUUAUA